AAGCAAGCAAGACAUCGUCACUGAACUAAAUCAAGAAUAUUUCGAUUGUCCAGGUGACGAGGAAUGGAUGCCCUUUCUUAACUCUGAGAACAAGAAAGUCGCAGAGAAAUUGUUGAAAUUGGGACACUUUCCGAAACAGAGAAUACUGAACGAAAUAUGCCGACGGUUCGGAAGAAAUUCUAAAGAGACAUUGAUGAUCUGCAACGCAAUUUGUGCACACAUAAAAUCCAAAGAUGAACAUAUCUUAGAUGUUUGGGCUGCAUAUACACUACAAAACACGAAUAGUAUAAAAUUUGUCGUUAGUUUGGAAGCAUUUGAGAAAACAGGAAAGGAUGAUAUAGCAGAAAGUAUCCGCACAGACACAAUGUUUGACUAUUUUUUAAUAACAAGAACAGUAGGAGAAUACAGUAACGAAAGUACUGAAAUCAUAAACCACAAUGUAACUUCUGACGAAUACUUUGAUAACGAUGCCUAUAAAAAGCUCCAAACCUGUGUUGCAAAAUAUUCCGUUGAACUGAUGAAGCAACACAAGUAUUUGUCUAUCGUAUCUGCUUGUUCUAAAAAAUCAACAGGGUAUGGCGACUCCUGGAACCUGAAGCCAGAAAGCUGCAUUGUUUUAUACGUACACACAAAACAUUACAUUCCAAUUAACGAGGAACCAUUUAAAACCCAUUAUGAUGGAAUACCGGUUGAUGUAAGAGAAGGUUCCUUUAUUCCAUUCGGGAGAACUGCCACAGAUGUUUUUGAACAUGUACAAAUGGGUUGCCAAAUAGGCGGGGAAGUUGAAAAUGGUAAAUAUAAAAAAGGGACUUUAGGGUGUUUUAUUGAUCACCCACAAUACGGUGUUUGCGGACUGACAUGUGCACAUGUUUUAUUAAACUCAUGGGAUUUGAUCAGAUUGCAAUCAGCACACAAUGGUACAUUCAACUGGCCGUUACAUGAUAUGUGCAAAUCAGUGUAUCAGCCAGCCAAUCAAACUAACAGUAUUGGCGAAACUGUCCAGUAUAUCUACAAAGAAGGAUCCGAAAGCUGCACUGGAAUGGAAGUGGCUCUUUUUAAACUCACGAGCAGACAGCCAAAAUCAUCUGACUUCCCCGAUGCGUCAGUUACAGUACCGACGAUAGCAACGAAUAUAAACUACAAACACUGGCGGAUUUCAAGUGCGGCAAGACUUAAUUCGAGAAUGAAACACGUGGUUAAAUUUGGCUCACAGACUGAGUUACGAGAUGGGAUCAUAGAAUUUGACAUUGUAUCGGUGAAAGAGCUGAACUCCUAUCCACUUGCUAUAGAGAAUAAUUCAUUUAUUAAACUUCACAAACAAAUUGAAGUAAGUCCGAAAACACAACACAUUUUAUUUGCAGACAAAGGUGACUCAGGCGCCCUUGUUUUUCUUGUUGACGACCACAGUUCUGAGAACACCUGUAUUGGAAUAGUAGAAGGAGGAACAUCAUAUGGAUCUACAGUUGUAACUCCUAUUGUUCCUAUUUUAGAGGAACUGAAAGUUUCCGGUUUGAAAUGUUUUGACUCUGAAAACCGUCUCUCUGAAAUUCAUGGCAAAAUAGAAUAUGUUGGAAGCGAAGUGCAGUCAGUGAAAGAAGAGGUCCAAACUUUGACAGGCGAAAUGCAAAAAAUGCGUACUGAUAUGCAGGAAAUGGAUAGUAGAAUAGAAAAUCACAUGCAGAAUAUUCAGCAAAUGCUGAGAGUUCCAAUGCAACCGAAUGCUUAAGAAAUCACUGUUUGAUACAAAUAUGUGAGAAACCAAACUUAUGCAGAUACGUUGUAACUAUUUCCAUUUCAAGCUACAUUGAUGGAAAAUAACUGCAAUCUCCUUAUGAACAAUAUGUCUUUUUCAAAACAUUAUAUGCCUGUAGAAAGAUAUAUAUAUCUUAUAUCUGGAACUUGCAAAAUAAAGCUGCAAUCAAGUAAUCCCAAUUACUGACUUAGCGGAUAAAACAAUAGUUUGCUAUCUCAUAUUAAGACAUAUUCCAUUCUUCAUUGCGGGGGGCCUCCCUUUCCAAUAUAAUAUCAUUUAUCUGGGUAUCUUUUGAAUAUUAAAUGCUUGAUUUGCACAUACCUUAUUAUAAUCACGCUAUGUUCAAGCCUUGCAUAUACCAUCUACUUUUCUUGUUAUGUAUGAUAAUUGAAGACAAACUAACACUUGUAUCAUUUCAAAAAAAUAUUAUUUCGGUAUAAACUUAAGAAUAAUGUAAUUGUGUUUUGAAAUUGACAAUACUCAACUGAUAAGAAUCAAGUAUUUUCCUGAUUUCUAUUGUUCUAAUGAUUCGAUAGUAAUUCAAUACCUAUUUCGUUUAUUCAAAUUCUGAUAAACGGGAUUUACUGGGUUGUUGAGAUUUUUGAGUAUUUUACACAGGGAAAAUAUUUAUAAAUUUGUCUUUUUGUGACAUUUUUCUUUUUUUUUUUUUUUUUUUUUUUUUUUUGCUUCUAUUGAAAAUGUUAUCAAACCUCAACUGAUACAUCAUUUUUUCCGGUGAAGAUGCAUAAGGGUAUUUGUUCGACACUUUAUGCAGUCAGUAAAUUGGCUAUAUGCUAUAAUCUUUGUUCACUGUUCGAAGGCAGUCAGACAUGCAAAGAGCAAAAGUCAUUCAAAACGUUUUGUCAGUAUACCGUUUCUGACAUUGACUUUUCUUAACAUCAUUUGCAUGUGUAUCAGAUUUGCAUUUCAACAGCUUUAGUCUUUCUUGAACAUCUCAGUUUUAUUAACAUCAGCAAGCAUAUAUAUAUUAUGUUCGACAUGAGGAAUUUUCAGUUUUGUCGAAUUUAAUGCUUUUAAGACAUUCUGAUAUCUUUUAUGAAUAUAAUUAUGGUUAUGAAGUCGAAACGUACAGUAUAGAAUGUCAAUUGUUCAGUGGUAGUUAAGAGGUCGAUUUAGGUUAAAAGUUAUCAGAAAUGUACAAAUAGUUGCAUCUUACAUUAAAAUUAUUUAUUCCCGUUCCUUCUUUGUAGUUCGAUACAUCACAAUGCAGAUAACAAAUCCUAAAUGUGAAUUUAUGUACUUGUUCUCCUAUCUUUCCGCGAUUUACUUUGAUUAUGGGAUAAAACAUUUAUUUACGUUUGAGCGUAGCGAAUUAGGAAAUAACUGGAUUUUUAACAAGUUUAAAGUAACCAUAUCAAAGCUUAGACUGAUCUUAGAACUUGUUUAUUGACUUUUGCGAUAUCUAAAAAUUAAAUGCUGUUUAUAUCUACACUUGACAUGAAUUGAACUAGUUAAGACGGUCAAAAUAACGAGAAAAGAGUAACUAUUUACAUACUCGCAUUAAUGUAUAUAUUCAAUAAAUAAUUCAUUUAUCACUUUGGCAGGGUAGUCAGCCUUAUUCUAGCCAUUUGCCGAAAAGUCAAAUUCAUAUGUCAUAUCUUUUUAGUAGCGGCCGAGUAUUUUGUUUUAAACUGAGAGCGGGGUAUCAAAAUAUAAUAUGUUACUUGUAAAAAGAUGUUAAAAUCUCUUUCAAACGCAAAUCUUAUGUUCACAGCUGUCAAAACAGUGUUCGGCAUCGUAGGAAUUGAACCACGAGGGCGUCUGAAACAUCUGAACGAUGAACCGUGGUAAAUUAGACGAUAAAUAACAAGAAGGCUUUGAUUGUUUUCAUUCUGACAUGCUCAUUGAUAUAUUUUAAUAGAUAUUAAACUGGACUUCGUUUACGCGAGGAGUAAUGUAUCGAACGUCAUGCGGCAAUAUGACGUCAUAAUUGACGUCAUAAUGCUCUCUUACCGGUCCGCGCGUCAACCGUUGUUUAUCGCAGAAUAUAUAGAGCUUGAUUUUCUUCUUUGCUUAACUGGAAAUCAAAUCGAGCCAUGUUUGAAUGAAGUAUAUUUUGCAUGGAAUUUUCUAUUAUUCAUAAUUCAUAUUCUUUCGCUGUCAAGUGUAGUUCCGUACCAGUGAAAAAUAUAAAUGAUAUUUUCACUGUUUGAAACAGUGAAAAUAUCAAAAAAAAUCACUGAUAAAAUUCAGUACUUCAUUGAAAAACAUAAAUAAGCUUAAAUAUUUUACCAAAUAAUUUGACGUUAUUUGUUAAUCUAUUAAAAUACUGAUUUUAAGUGCUAGAUGUAACAUUGUGAUAAGCUUACACUUCAUUUUCGCAGCUGAUGUUUUUUAAAAGUUUCAUUUUAUUUAGUCAUACUCAGUCAGCAAUCAACUCCAGGAAUACCAAAUACACUAGAAAAUUAACAGAGAUUUGUUUUACUCUGUAUAUUCUUGUUAUUUUACUAUGAUCUGUGAUAUAGUAAACGUAGUAAUAUUUGUAUGAGGAAUAUAUUAUUCAUUCCAUCGUUUGUAUGAUUAAGUUAAGUAAUAUUAUUACCUUAGGACCUUCCAAUGUUAUAUAUAAAACAAAAUUAUUCAACCUUUCUUUAAAGUUGAUGCUAAUUAUCUCAAUUUAACUUGUUUCUUUAUCACCAUUAUAAUAAUGAUAAUAAUCAUCAUUUUUAUGAGAUGCGAGAAUGAUCGUAAGUUAGAGACCUCUCAUAUCUCCUGCUGGUGUGUUGGUAGCCCAUAAUGUGCUAAUAACCUUUCUAUUAAUAGGUAUCACAUAAUCACUGAUAAGCUGCAGAUAAAGGUAGACUUGUAAUAUAGUGGAACCAUGUUUUUAAGUUAACCAAAUGUGCUUAUAUGAAACAACUGAGAAGACCUAAAUUACUAUGAACCUAUGGUCUAAAACGCGAGCUCGAAACAGUUUCUACGAACGUGUUGCUGUUGGAUGAUACAAUUUAAACGAUCAUAUUUUCUUUUUGACUGUUUUCCUUUCAUAAACUGAAGUUUACAUAUUUUUCUCUUGGAAUAAUGUCACAAUGACGGUUUGUCUUUAUUUCUGAUGCAUUGUCUGGAGUGAAAGAAAUAACUGUGAGUUUGAGAAAAGUGCAGCUUACUUAUACUGAAACAAUAAAUCACAUACUUACAAUCACUUACUUCAAUUCACUUACAGCUUCACCCAUUACCAAUUUUGCAUUUGCAUAACUCUAGACUACCCCGCCACCCCACAACCUCAAAAUAACAUAUUAAUCAGGGUUUGCAAAAACCUGAAAGCUAAUUAUACCGGGUUCUUGUUGUUAUGAUAAAAUUUACAGAAUUUCUUGCUUACAGACAUUUGGUAAAUUUGUAUCAAAAUGUCAAAGAUCCAUAUAAUUAUUUCUGGCUCACAUACACGCAUUCUGAUAACAGCAAAUUUAUAUCAAGGGGAGACAACUUUUUCACUUUUGUUAGAAGUAUAAAAUUUUAUUAACACAGUAUGUUUAAGUUUAUUCAAACAGGUGAUGAUUUUAAUAAAUAAGUGAUAACUAUAAGAAUUAAAGAUAAUAUUAGAUAUUUCUUGAAUUGCUCUACCUAUUUUGCUCGUUUUUUAGAUUACCAUCAUUUGCCUAGGUCGAAUAAAAUGCACAAUAUUUACUUUAAGUUUGAAGGCUAAACACGAUUUUGUCUUCUAUAAAAUUUAAGAAAAUUAUACAGUGUCUAAAUAAUAAAAUUGUGUAAAUAUGACAUGUAAAAUCAAGCAUGUUUGAUGUUUUUAUUUUGUAUACACUAAUGCUGAAAUUAAAAAGUUUUUUUAUAACAA